UCUUACAGAAUUCUAAUCUCUCGAUCAUAUAUUUAUACCUGGGAACUUUAUACCACGGAAAACUAGUGGCCGCUGCACUGAAGGGUAGACAAACUCCUCAUCCCAGAUAGCGAACCUUGUGAGAGAACUACUGAGCAGGCAUGGACAGAGAGUGGGGUUCGAAACCAGGGAGUGGAGGUGCUGCUUCUGCACAGAAUGAAGCGAUUGAUCGAAGGGAGCGUCUCAGGCGUCUCGCCCUCGAGACCAUCGAUCUCGCAAAAGAUCCAUACUUUAUGCGAAAUCAUCUCGGCAGUUACGAAUGCAAACUAUGCUUGACCCUACACAAUAAUGAAGGCAAUUAUUUGGCACAUACUCAAGGAAAGAGACAUCAGACAAAUUUAGCUAAGCGUGCUGCUCGUGAAGCAAAAGAUGCUCCAGCCCAACCACAACCAAAUAGAAGGAAAGUUGCUCCAAAGAAAUCAGUUAAAAUUGGUAGGCCUGGUUACAGGGUUACCAAGCAAUUUGACCCAGAGACAAAGCAGCGCUCACUUCUUUUCCAGAUUGAAUAUCCAGAAAUAGAGGAAGGCUCUAAACCAAGGCACCGUUUUAUGUCCUCAUUUGAGCAGAGGAUUCAAUCAUGGGAUAAACGAUACCAAUAUCUUCUAUUUGCAGCAGAGCCAUAUGAGAUUAUUGCAUUCAAGGUUCCGAGUACAGAGAUAGACAAGGCAACAUCUAAAUUCUUUUCUCACUGGGAUCCAGACACAAAAAUGUUUACGCUACAACUAUACUUCAAAGUCAAGACGAUGGAAGCUAACAAGGGUGCUGCACCUUCAAGUACUAAUGGUGCUUCAGCUCCCACUGGUCCUCCUACUGGUCCUCCUAGGCAACCACCCCCACCACCACAAGGAGCACCCCCUCCUGGUGGAGCUCCUUUGCCACCACCAAGAGGACCCAUGCCCCCAAUGGGUGGUCCACCACCACCACCGUCAUCACUGAAUGGACCACCUAGGCCUAUGCCUCCUGGUGGACCAUUUACAAACCAAACAAGUGGAGGCCCACCUAUGCCACCACCACCUAUGGGUGGAAAUCAGAUGGCAAACUUCACUCCUGGAAGUCAGAUGGGCCGUCCACCCCCACCACCUCCACAGGGUUUCCCUAUGCAACAGCUUCAAGGACAGGGAGUACAACCUGGGCCGCCACCACCACCAAAUAUGGGCCACCAAAUGAUGCAAAGGCCACCACCCUUGCAAUAACUAAGUUGCUUAUAAUUCAAUCUAAAUGGGACAAUGCCAUUGAACUUUAUGUGAAGGGAAAAGUUUAUAUUGGCAUGAUGGAAGGCAAUAGAAGUUGAAUUUUUUUGUAGCACCCAAGUUUAUAUACAAUAGCUUUCCACCACACAUGGUUUUGUUGAAAUGGCAUUAACAAUGUUGAAUCUUUCUUAUUGCUAUACUAAGUUCUGCCAUCAGCUUAGUUAGACUUAUUUUAAUGACAAUGAAAUUGUCUUUUGUGUGAAAAUUCAUGAAUGUAGACAGUGGUCAUAUUUGGUUAUUAUA